AUGUCCAAAUCCAAAUCCAAAUCCAACCCCCUCCUCCUCCUCCUCCUCGUCUUCGUCUUCGCCCUCCUACUCUCCUCCACCAUGGCAGCCCCAGAAGACGACGACCCUGAUACCAUCCCGCCCUCCAUCGCCACCGAAAUCAUCACAGCCACCGACUCCGGCCCGGACCAAACCGCCUCCUUCAGCGUAAACCCCACCGUCGUCGAAACCGGCCUCGCCCUCGCAACAGCUACCUCCAGCGACGACCCGACAGAAACCCCAUCCUCGACCAAGGCCUCUGCUCCCACCAUCCCUAGUGAGAUUCUCACUGCUGCAGAUGAUGACGACGAUGCUGCGACUGCGACUGCGACUGCGACUGCAUCCCGUGAAGCACCGUCGUCGUCGUCCUCAUCCACCGCCGCCAACGCAACUACGUCCUCUGGUUCUGGCGCUGCAGCCGCAGUGGCCCGAGGGAACCCCGGUCUGGCUGCGUCCUCCGUGGUCUGUGGUUUGCUGGUGGGCUUGUUGUUGCUGCUCGGGGCUUGGUUCUAA